UUUGCGCCGUGCGUCAUGACGUCAUAGCUACACCAUUUUAAUAUGCUCUGCGAUGGCUCGGACAGCUCCGGCCUGCAGCGACAAACCGAGCAGUACUGACGGACUCCUGACUAUAACAUCCACUGUAGAGAUGUACCAGCUUGUGUGGUGCUGAUACAACAUGGAAAACCUUAGGAGAGGGAUGGACAUUCAGCUCGCAAGGACCUCAUUUUAGGACCAGUGUGUUGAGAGAGUGGACACACUGAUUCUCACAUGGAAACCGAUUGCGUGGGUGUCUGGAUAAAGUUUCACUCAUACUUGCAGAUUGAAAAGUGAUGCCAUCAGCACAUCGCCAAAAUAGUUUCAUCAUGGAAAAGCAGAAAUCAGUGAAUACUGUUGCUUCAACGCAUUUGGGUGGAGAAUCAAGUACCUUCAUCUGCACUGAGUGUGGUGAUGGGUUCAGUCAGUACUCUAAUGUGUUGGCCCACAUGGCCAUUCAUGGACCUUUGGAGUCAUUUUCCUUAGAUGGCUCAUCCAAUGGAUUUGAAAUCCCGCGGGAAUAUGUGCUACAAGAAAAUGGCACACUGACAGUUGUGAAUGGCUUGGAGUCACAUUCCUCUGUAAAACCAGUAUCUCCUGGAGUCCUGCCAUCGCAUUUCCCAACCCCUAUCAAACCAGUGUCUCCAACUCUAAGGCCUCAGCCUUCACCUUACAGAGAUGUGUUCAGGCCAAGGCCAUCAGACUUGAACUUGGAGAAGUCUCGCCAGGGAAAUUACCGUUGUGAAAUAUGUAGCAGAUCAUUUAACAGCCUGCAGAGUUUACAUCGUCACCAGCAGUAUAGAAACACAGAGCGAGGUUACAAGUGCACUUUGUGCUGUAAGAUCUUUGAGGGUAGACAGGACCUUAAGAAUCACCUCCAAGACCAUGCCAAUGAGAGGUUUCACUGCUGUAGUCAUUGUGGUAAGCGAUUCCUUAAAGUGGAUGCACUUAAUGCUCACCAAAAAGAAAAUCACCUCGUUGCCAAGGCUACAGCUUUGGGUAAUUCUGUGAAUAAGCAGGAAAAGAAGAUUGAGAAAACAUAUCCUUGUAGGAAGUGCAAGUGUAAUUUUUUCUGGAUGUCAGAUUUUCAGACACAUUCACUGCACCUUUGCAAAGGAAAAGAGGCUGAUGCUACUUUGGCAUCUGAAAUUGAAAUUGAAGUGAACUCUAAAGAAGACGCGCCACUUGAAAACCGCUACAGUAACGGCACAUCUAUUGAUGUUAAGAAUGGGCAUAGUAAAGCCAUUCUUGACUUCUCUCCCACACCGUACAGAUGUGGUUUAUGUGGUGAUCGUUUCCAAAGGUUAGCAGCUCUGAAGGAGCAUCAUCUCACACAUCAAACUCAGGAGGAAAUAGAUCAGCAGAAUCAAGAAUCACAAAGAACCUUUAAGCGAAGAAUGCCACCUAAAGGUAGACGUAGAAGAACAAGUAAUCCAAAUGGCAAGCUGCAUCCUUGCAAGCACUGUCAUCGCGUCUUUAAUCAUUCUAGUAGUUUAUCUCGGCACAUGAGAUACCAUAAGGGUACUAUGCAUACAUGCGUAUUUUGUGGUAGACAUUUUCCACAGCGCUGUGAUCUGAGAAGGCAUAUAGCCAUGUACCACAAAACUGAAAUAGAAAAGAAACCAGGUUUGAAACACUUCAACACAAAUCCACAAAAUGGGCCUUCUCCCAAUUCUCUUAAUGGGGACACAAACUCUCCUGACGAGAAAAGCAAGAGCUCCUCUGACAAUGAACAAACGGCAUCACCAGAGCAAUAUCCAAAGGGGAAACAAUCGGGAAAAGCGGGUCGAGUUAACUACAAGUGUCAGGAAUGUGGAAAGAGAUUUGGGCUCUUGUGUGUGUACCAACGGCACUUGCGCUAUCACAAAAAGGAGCCUAAUAAGUGCCCGAGGUGUCCAGCUCAAUUCAAGAACUCUUCAUCCCUUGAGCUUCACCUUCAAAAUCACCCAAGCACAGGAGAACCAAAUGAUGAUGUUGGACAAGCAUCUCACGACACUGGUUCCAGUGGGGACCCUGCCUUAGAAAAGGGAAAUGCAGAGGACAUAGAGGAUGACUAUAUGGACCAUACUCCAAAUGAUAAAGGAAAUUCUUCAGAGGUUCUUUACGAAUGCACUGAGUGCACUGAGACAUUCUCAUGCUUGGACACGUUUCUUCAGCACCAGACUUCUCAUGGCUCAGAAAACAAUGGGUAACUAUCAUGUCAGAUCCACUAGUUAUUGUUAUUGCCAACAAUCAAGCUCUCAGUAGUUGAGUGUUUUUUGAUUCUUUCGAAUGCAAGUAUUUGAAGACCUGUAUAUUGAUGUAAAGUUUGUAAUGUUUUUUUUAUAUAUAUAUACAUAACUACUUUUAUACACUUUUUUUGGCAUGUGGAGAAAAAUUCUCUGUAUUGGUGAAUUUCAGAGAACUGUGGGAACCAGGAAGUAAGGCUUGGGUGAGCAUACCAAAACAGCAUAUGUCUGUCAUUGAUAAAUUGCAAAUUUGAACCUGGUAUUCUCCCACAGGCUACAGGUGUGGUUAACUUGAUGUCCCACCAAUUUGUUGUCUAGCUAGGAUGAAUAUGCUGUUUUCUAAUGUUUUUUUGAAUAACUACUUUUAUACACUUUUUUUCUUUGGCAUGAGGAGAAAAGUUCUGUUUAAUGAUGAAUUUCAGAAACCAAUGGGAAUCAGGAAAUAAGGCUUGGGUGGGGGCAUACCAAAUUAAUUUUGAAUUAAAUUCAAAAUUUCCAUAACAACAUAUGUCUGACAUCGGUAAAUUGCAAGUUUAAUAGUAUUCUCCAACAGGCUACCGGUGUAGUUAGCUUGAUGUCCCACCAAUUGUUGACUAGCUAGGAUGAAUAUGUAGCUUCAUUGUAUUUUUAGUGGCUACCAAUGCUGUUAUUGUCAAUCACAUUGCCUCAUUUUUCAUCAUGUUUUACUUGCAAGUAUGUGAUUUUUGAAAUUAUCUUAAAUAUGUAUGUAUAUGUAUGUCUUCCUUUUUGAAAGGGUAGCAUCGUCAUGAGUGGAUUUUUAAUUGUGCCAUUAAAGUUGUACAGAGAAAUUACUUUAUCUGCCAUCAGUUUUGCUUUGACUCCCUUUUUGCUGUUAUCAGGCAGUAAGAAAACCUCAUUGACAUUUUUUUUUUUCCUCCUACAUGUAAUUUAGGUGUCUUAUUUUAUAUUUUUAUUGAAUUGUACAGCAAAUUAAUGGCAACUGCACAGAUUGAAAUUCUUAUGUUGGUUGUGGAUCAGAAAUGUUGGCAAAUGUAUAAGCUACUCCAUUUCAAAGAUACUUGACACGGUUCUUGUGAUUUUGUGACACUUGCAUGCAAUUCAUAGGAAACCAUUCCUGUGAUUGGUUCAAUAUUGGUUCUUGUGGCCUCUAUCGAAAAUAACUGUUUUGUUACUGCGCUUUCCGUAUUACUAAUGCAGUAACAGCCACGUCAUCUUAACUUUGUCGCAGAGUCUGAGCUUUGUGUUUCUCUUUCUAUUAAAUACAUUAAACAAUUGAA